AUGAACAUGCCAAAUGCAAUCCCUUAUUAUUUGUGCUCUCCACCUCUGUUCCUAUCGGUUCUCUUCUGCGACGUCGCGGACUUCCACAACCUCGUAUGCGCCUUUUCGUUGCCACAGGACUUAGUGAAGCUCCUGGAUGCGCUUUUUUUAUGCUUCGACAAGCUGAGUGAGCAGUUUCAACUUGUAAAGAUCGAAACUGUCUUCGAGACGUAUCUUGCUGCCGCAGGACUGCAUUGGCAAUGCUCCAGCGAACGCGACCUCCUCAAAGUCCAGCAGGGCGCGUUCAGUGCUGUCGACGGUGUUGUUGGUUCUCGGAAGCCCCAGUAUGCGUUAUUCGGUGACACAGUUAACACCGCUUCAAGGAUGAAAAGCACAAGUGUGGCUGACCGGAUCCACAUAAGCGGAGCAACACACAGGCUUGUAGCUCAUGAUCAGCAGUUUAAGUGGCGGGAGAUGAUUGUCGAUGUCAAAGGCAAAGGUCCUAUGCAGACAUAUCUCCUUGACCAUGUCGUUGGCAUGCGUCCACCGUUUGAUGAGGCUGCAGCCCGUGUUCCUGACUCCGCAGGACACGGUAGGAAUCUUUCAGCUGGAAGCAGUAGUUUGGUAUUUGCCCAGGAGGGUGAAGAUGUUUCCACAUACUUCCAUGGUGUGUCUCAGUGGCCACGGCAGCAUCGGAGUCGCAACUGGCAGGACCCCAACACUGCCAUGCCCAAGUCGAGCAGCAUAUAUCCAGACGCUGCCUGCCAGAGGAUCCCCGACCGUCCUGAGAGCUAUAGCCCAGGUGGCGGGACGUCUCGAGGGGUUCCAGUUGUAGAUGAGCCGUUCCACUGCGCUGGGUGCCAAAGCGCGAGUAUUGUCAGCGAAUCUUCUUUUGACUGCGUUGCGAAUCGAUCGUGCUGUGCCCGGCAUCAGUCAUCCAGCUCUUUAGAUGCAAUAGGUGGCGGUGUAGCUGCAGAUAUAUCCGGACGGAAUGACUGCGAUAGCAACACAGACUGCGUCUCACUUGCAAAGGAGUCAGUUCCGUUGGACAGGCGCUCAACACUUUCUAAUGAACGCUCUUCACGCUGGCGCGGCGCUGAGCGGAUGCAGCGCAUCACCAAUGCAGUGGCUUCAGUGUUUAGUCCAGCGCAGUUCGGUUCAAGCAGCAGGCGCCGAAGAAGUGCUGGACAGGUGCGAUCAGCGAACCGGAAUCGCAGCCGAAGUGCUUCGUCAUCGGCGGACAAUCCUUGGAGAAGGGCUGGGACUGGCGGUGCUGGACGUGCAGACGUUGAGGAGCCACUGUACAGGCUUGCAAAUGGGGCAGAUGGUGACAUGGGGCGCCACAAGCUGUCAUCGAGGUUAACGAGGGCAUUUGGUUUGAAUGCUCGCACCGACAUGGUGCGACUAAGGUUUUGUUCGAGUGACAUGGAAGACAGCUACAAGCACAGUUUCUAUUCAGACAAAGCACACAUAAACGCAAUUGAACAGGCCAUCAUCAUAUUCCUGGUGGGCUAA